AUGAUGUUCACUUUCCGGGGCUUCAUCCGGCUUUUAAUACUUUUCCCGGCUAUUUACGCCUAUCGCCAACAUUUGGAGUUGACGAUCAAGGGAUCCGAAGAAAUCAUCGAACAGGCCGUGGAAAGUCUGCAAAAAUCGCUAGACAAAGAUUUGCUGAGCCUUGACAUUACAAAGGAAAGAAAAGAAGGGCACUUUGUCGAGCUGCAGGUGCAUGGAAAGACAUGGACGAAGGGGAUCGAUAAUCAGAUGAUGAUGCCCGCCCAGAAGGAGCAUAUUGGGGGCGUUAUUGUAGAAACGAUCCGAGGCGCGGGAAUCGACCAUGCGAGAGCCUUUCAGGACCCAGCACUGCAUGCCCAAAAAUGGCGUGAACUUGCCCACGAGCUUGUGCAGCACCGCCUGGAAAAUCCGGGCGUCUUGAAGAAGUUUGUGGCCGGGGAUGAACAUCGAUUUGCGCUUUUUUAUAAUGAUGAGGGAGGCAUGGCGAAUCACCAUGCGGCCGUCAUCGUCUCGUUGGCAAGGAGGGAGAUGGAGGGGGCUGAGGUAAUUAUCAUCGACUGCACCCACGACGUCUUCAAAUGCGGUGAAUACGUUGACGUGGCCCACUUCCCAACUCUACGCUACUAUCGUGACAAAAAGUUGCAAAAGGCGUGGACCACGGAACUGGACAUGAUGACGGUGGAGGACAUCAGUGAUUUGGUCAUCAGGUCUAUCGACGAUACGGUACAUCGAGUCAACGAGGACCUGGUUCCAUACUGGCGUGAGGGGAUGCUGGAGGGUUAUGGCCAUCCCCUCGACACGGUUCAUCUAUUCUUCGGUCACGACGAGAAUGAAGAAGCAUAUAGGAGAUAUCAGGAAACGGCUGAGGCGUUGAAAGGGCACUACACUUUCGGAGCCCUCAUCGAUGAGAAGGUGUCACAGUGGGCCACCCAUCCCGCAAUAAUCACCAUGAAGCCGCAGGAUACAGAGACGAAAGCCGUCGCCCAUCACAAGGAAUGGACCGUCGAGGCGCUGACACGCUACAUUCGAUUCUCGUCUCGGCCGCUAUUGCACGACCUCUCCAAGCCACGUGAAGCUGUGGAAGCCAUCGAUUCGGAUUGCGUCUUAUUGUUCCUUUUCGACCCAAAGAUGGCCGUGGCUGCUCGUCCGCUCUAUGAAUUGGCACAGGAUAUCGAGUAUCGGGAGACAGUACCGCUGGUGGUUGGAACGGUGAAUGGCACAUCACCCUUCGGCCUGGCCUUCUCGACGUGGGCCGGGUUGAAGCAGUUCGACCGCGCCCAGUGGGUGUUGGUAAACCACAAUGAGGAAAUCGACGUCGCUUACGUGUUGCCGGUCGACCCCGAGAAGCCGCUGGAUUUGAAGAAAUUUGUGAAAAAGCCAGAGGAGAUGGCAAAAGCUAGAGGGGGAUGGCGUCGAGAAAAUGGCACGAACCAGGCACGCUGCCACGACCACCACUACACGACGAGGCACACGAUGAACUUCAACAAAUCGUUCAUUUCGCAGGGACCACGCGGGAUCGUGGGAAGUCCAGGCAGUGCGGGUGCCCCGGGAAGACCUGGCCGUGACGCUCUCUACUGUCCGUGCCCUCCUAAACAACACCUAUCAUCAUCAUACAUUCCCCGUGACAUCCAGCCACAACAACCCCAGUAUCCCACCCCUCCACCACCAUUGCCGCCCCAAUAUCAGAACAACUACCCGCAGGGCAUCCAAUUCGACGCGUCGACUCCGGUAAACGAGGGAUUUGUGGGCGAUACAGAAGCCUCGUACACCGGCCAGCCGGAUGAUGAUGACGUCGCGUCUACCGUAUCCGCGUCAUAUUACAUCGAGCCCCGCUUCACGCCAGGACCUCAACCCCCGGCCGCGCCACCACAGGAGAUUGUCGAUUAUUUGAACCGAAACUUUGCCGAAGUGAAACGCGCCGAUCCGACGCCACGAAAGCGGGGCGGAAAAAGACUGGUUGACUGGCCGCGUCUCUUCGAGAAAGCGGGAAAUCACAUGAUCCAUACCGGGACGACACCGAACCGGCCGAAUCCGCUGGUCGGCCGGCGAUUGCCGCAUAACCAUCGAUUUGUCAAUGCCCAA